GAAAAGGGGAAGGAGUAAAGAGGAAAGAAGACUAGGAGAACACCGCAAGGCAAAGCACCAGAAACUUUCCACCCUGGAUUCUCUACUUUUGCUCCAUGGACAGAGCCUCAGCCAGCCAAGUUACAGACAGACCGUGAGCAGUCCCUGCGCGUUUUAUUGCGACCUGCCGGUGGGAACUUUGUCUCCGAGUCGGAGCAGCAUGGAGCGGCGGAGCGAGAGCCCGUGUCUGCGGGACAGCCCCGACCGGCGGAGCGGCAGCCCUGACGUCAAGGGGCCUCCCCCGGUGAAGGUGGCCCGGCUGGAGCAGAACGGCAGCCCCAUGGGAGCCCGCGGGAGGCCCAACGGCGCCGUGGCCAAGGCCGUGGGAGGUUUGAUGAUUCCUGUCUUUUGUGUGGUGGAGCAGUUGGAUGGCUCUCUUGAAUAUGACAACAGAGAAGAACAUGCGGAGUUCGUCCUGGUUCGAAAAGAUGUGCUUUUUAGCCAGCUGGUGGAGACCGCGCUCCUGGCCCUGGGGUACUCCCACAGCUCUGCGGCUCAGGCACAAGGCAUCAUCAAGCUGGGCAGGUGGAACCCUCUCCCCCUCAGCUAUGUGACAGACGCGCCCGACGCCACCGUGGCCGACAUGCUGCAGGACGUCUACCACGUUGUGACACUGAAAAUCCAGUUACAAAGUUGUUCGAAGCUGGAAGACUUGCCUGCGGAGCAGUGGAACCACGCCACAGUCCGCAAUGCCUUAAAGGAACUGCUCAAAGAGAUGAACCAGAGCACAUUAGCCAAAGAAUGCCCUCUCUCCCAGAGUAUGAUUUCAUCCAUUGUAAAUAGCACAUAUUAUGCCAACGUGUCAGCAACCAAGUGCCAGGAGUUUGGGAGAUGGUAUAAGAAGUACAAGAAGAUUAAAGUUGAAAGAGUGGAACGAGAAAACCUUUCAGACUAUUGUGUUCUGGGCCAGCGUCCAAUGCAUUUACCAAAUAUGAACCAGCUGGCAUCCUUGGGGAAAACCAACGAACAGUCUCCUCAUAGCCAAAUCCACCACAGUACUCCAAUCCGAAACCAAGUGCCCGCAUUACAGCCCAUCAUGAGCCCUGGUCUUCUUUCUCCCCAGCUCAGUCCACAACUUGUUAGGCAACAAAUAGCCAUGGCCCAUCUGAUAAACCAACAGAUUGCUGUUAGCCGGCUCCUGGCUCACCAGCAUCCUCAAGCCAUCAACCAGCAGUUCCUGAACCAUCCGCCCAUUCCCAGAGCAGUUAAGCCAGAGCCAACCAACUCUUCCGUAGAAGUGUCUCCAGAUAUCUACCAGCAAGUCAGAGAUGAGCUGAAGAGGGCAAGUGUGUCCCAAGCUGUCUUUGCAAGAGUGGCAUUCAACCGCACACAGGGAUUGUUGUCUGAGAUUUUGCGUAAGGAAGAAGACCCUCGGACAGCCUCUCAGUCUCUCUUAGUAAACUUGAGGGCCAUGCAGAAUUUCCUCAAUCUGCCGGAAGUGGAGCGGGAUCGCAUAUACCAGGACGAGAGAGAGCGGAGCAUGAACCCCAAUGUGAGCAUGGUCUCGUCAGCCUCUAGCAGUCCCAGCUCCUCCCGAACCCCUCAGGCCAAAACCUCGACACCGACAACAGACCUCCCCAUUAAGGUGGACGGCGCCAACGUCAACAUCACAGCUGCCAUUUAUGACGAGAUCCAACAGGAGAUGAAAAGGGCCAAGGUGUCUCAAGCCCUGUUUGCCAAAGUGGCCGCAAAUAAAAGUCAGGGCUGGUUGUGCGAACUGCUCCGCUGGAAGGAGAACCCCAGCCCAGAGAACCGCACGCUCUGGGAGAACCUCUGUACCAUCCGCCGCUUCCUGAACCUUCCCCAGCACGAGAGGGAUGUGAUCUAUGAGGAAGAGUCCAGACAUCACCACAGUGAGCGCAUGCAGCACGUGGUCCAGCUCCCCCCUGAGCCAGUGCAGGUCCUGCACAGACAGCAGUCUCAGCCGGCCAAGGAGAGCUCCCCGCCCAGAGAAGAAGCUCCUCCCCCACCUCCUCCCUCGGAAGACAGUUGUGCCAAAAAGCCCCGUUCUCGCACAAAGAUCUCCCUGGAAGCCCUGGGGAUCCUCCAAAGCUUUAUUCAUGAUGUGGGCCUGUACCCUGAUCAGGAGGCCAUCCACACGCUUUCUGCGCAGCUGGAUCUCCCCAAGCACACCAUCAUCAAGUUCUUCCAGAACCAGCGGUAUCACGUGAAGCAUCACGGGAAGCUCAAGGAGCACCUGGGCUCCGCGGUGGACGUGGCCGAGUAUAAGGACGAGGAGCUGCUGACGGAGUCCGAGGAGAACGACAGCGAGGAAGGCUCAGAGGAGAUGUACAAAGUGGAGGCCGAGGAGGAAAACGCCGAAAAGAGCAAGGCCGCGCCUGCUGAAAUUGACCAGAGAUAAUGUGAACUCUUACCAGGCCAAGCAAUACGUCGGUCCAAGGAUUUUCUGUUUUAAUUUCUUUAAAAACAUUUCCUUCCUUUUUUUGUUUUUUUGU